GUGCUUUGUGAGUCGUUGGCUCACUGUCUAGAGCCAAAGGAUGAAAUUUCUGUCAACUAGUGAGCAAAUUCGAGGUACUUUUAAUAUUGCAAUUCAAGUAAGACCUGAUGUAUCUCUAGAAGAUAAAAUAAGAAAGAAGACAGCUUUAACAAUCUGUCAACUGGGGGGCUUUUGCUUGUUGAGUUUUCUGGUUGUCAGGUCUUGGUAGCUAAUACUACCAAGAACAGUUAAGACAGGUUGUUCCGUCCGGGUAUUUUAUACUGGGAUGCUCAUAGUCGAGAAAAUAAACUCCAUACACUGAAAGUAUUCGUGAUCCAUGAUUUUUAUGUCACUUCAGGAUAUCGGGACGCAACUGACAAAGAAGUGACGAGAAUGGGUGCAGGAAAAGUUGUGGGUCAAUUCAUACGUAGAUAACAACUUAGACCCCCAUUAUUUUAGGAACCCCAUAGCAGUCAGAUUCGUGAAGUCACUUAUCAGUUCGACUUAUAAAUUACAGGAUUGACCAUCUGAGAAGAUAUUGUGGGAAACCGAGAUCAAAUCUUGUACGUCUAGAGUUUCAUUCCUUACAUCGUGCAGUGGAUUGGAAAUCUUUACGAGAUCACGUAAUAUCACCUGAGAUUGGAUCUUCCAAGUACUAUGCAUAGCCAGAAUUAGUUAAUAUAGGUUGAUUAACCUAUCCUUACUAGUGAAGACUAUAAUUUUUUGUUGUUCUCACGCAUACUGCUCCUUACACUCAUCCAGCACACAACUACCUUCAGGCUAGAUGCAAACGUACCACAAACUGAACGUUACAGGUGUUUCAGCUAACUCCUAUGAGUAUCCUGAUCACAUACAAACAAUAUCUAAAGCUAUUCGAGAAUGGGAAUCUGCAUUUAAUUUAUUUACAAAGUCUUGCAAACGCCUGUAUGAAAGUCGUAAGGAAGAUAGUUUGCUGGCUGAUGUUCAACCAUAUUUUUCACUACCAAUUUUGAAUGAACUGAUUGAAACACGUCUAAAUGUUUCCACAAAACUAGCUGUUGGUAAAUAUCAAGAGAAAUCAUUCGAUGCUAGAGACAAAUUUAAUCAUUCAACGGAUUAUCUAUUUUCUGCUUUAAAUUCGUUUGUUGAAACCAUUCUAAAUCACCAGUAUAUCCUGAACAGUCGUCACUCAUAUAAAGCUGUGUCAAUUCAAAAUAUUUUGAAUGUAAUAGAUUCCUUCAAGAAUAUGUUAGCUGAUGAAUGUGAUGCAAUAAAAUUGUUUCAUUUGAAACAGAUUUUCGGCAAUUCAUUCAAAACUGACGACAAGUGGACCAGUUAUUUUCCGUCCAGUGAUCCUUUGAGUAAACGUAUUUGGUGUAAUGAUUUUAUUGUACAGUUAAAUAACUUGGUAGAUUUUCUGAUAUAAGCCUAUCGAUCUAACUUGAAACUUUUUAUUUAAAUGCUGAUAUCAAUGGUGGUAAAUAUCUUGCUUAAAAAUAUUUCUAAAAAUCCUUCUGUAGUGUACAACUUUAGGAUAAAUGGUGACAUUUAUUGCCUUUAUUUGCUGUUUAAACGAAGACGAGAUCUAUUCGUGAUAUUUCUUUAAUGCGUACUUAUUUGUGGAAUCCAUUAUUGA